GCUUCUCCCUUUUUGUAACAGCUGCAAACUUCGAACCCUGUCUGCUUGAAGAGCUUACUCAGCGCAACAUCAACGGUUUUGUGACAUUCCACUGCGCCGUGCUGAGCUGAGGUUUCAGAACGUUGGUGACACUUUUGCAGCAACAUGGGCAAGCCUUUUUCGGUUGAUGACACAGUCGAGAAACACCCACUUCAGGUGCAGAUUGUUCCGGAGAUCUACAUCAAAUCCAACCAAAGCCAGAGGGCUAUGGGCAUCCAAACUCUCAACGCGCUGCAUGAGUCGUUUGGCAUUAAGCCGAAUGCCAGCCAGCAGUUCCUCGACGUGGGCUGCGGGACGGGCGACUUCACGCGCCAAGAACUGCUGCCGCGCUGCCAGCCCUGCCGAAGGAUUGUGGCCACCGACAUCUCCCGAGCCAUGGUGGAGUACGCCGAGGAGAACUUCGCCCAUCCGCAGAUCGCGUACGAAGUACACGACAUCGAAGGCGACAUCUCAGGACUCGUCAGGAAGUACGGCAAGUUUGAUCGCGUCUACUCCUUCUUCGUCCUGCACUGGGCGGAAGACCUCACCGCGGCUCUCCGAAAUGUAGCAGCCUUGAUGACCGCCCAAGGGGAGUGCAUGCUGGUGUUCGCGGCUCAGCUCGCGAUGUACAGGGUAUGGAAGAGGAUCGUGGAGAUGGAUCGAUGGAAGCCGUACAAAGGAGUUAUUGAACGCUUCAUACCCCCGAGUCAGGAUAUCGAAGGCAGGUCUGGCCUAUACUCGUACAUGCUGGCCGUUCUUCAGAAAGCCAACCUCAAGCCGCGAACCUUCCAGCUGCUAACCCGGGACGAAAGCGGCAUGGAUGUGGACAAGUUCAUCCAAGUGGAGCUCUCCAUAGAUCCCAUUCUGCCAUUGCUGCCCGAAGGAUCAAGGAGAGAAUUCGAGGCCGACGUGGCAGACAUUGUCCGCAGGUUUUGGACUGAGAAACCAGCGGGGGAUCCACAGUAUUUACUACACGUGUUCGUGGUUCACGCAAGCAAAGUCUUUAAAAAGAAGGUACAACGAAGUUUGUGUUCGACUUGCUGCGUUCAAUAGGGCUUAACAUAAUAAAGCAUAAUGGUAACUUUUUUUAUCCUACUGCUCAGCAACCACUAGAUGGAUUGACUUGGGGAAGGUUUUGUUUAAAAUAGAAUAAAAACAGAUUUGCAACGCAACGUGGGCCUGAGAAAGCCAAGCUAUUGUUAUAAGCGGGCGAUUUCAUUUCAAAUCUUUCAGGAGAAAGGGGUCACUUCUCAAAAGCUUUUGAAGAAAAUAUAUGUGACGGGCAAAUUCUUCACCAGGACGAAACUGAAAAACUUUUUUGUGUCAUAUUUUUUGUUCUUGAGUUUAUUUACUUUUAAAGGGAUGCUGAACCGAAAUCUGGAUUGCCUAAAACA